AUAUGUCAGAUAUCACUUGGAAUAAUAGUAGAGUCGAAGUUAAAAUGUUACAAUAUUGACGUGUUUAACAUAACGAAUAAACACACCAUCGUCAUAUCAUUCAUUAAACAAUAGAGUUGAUCUACAUUUCCAUAGAGAUUAAUCUCUUCUGCCCCCAUGACAACCAUGACGCACCUAAACUCGAGCCUGUAACACAGCCUUCAACAAAACUUACAAAUCAGCAAUUGAAGGAUGGAUAAUUGUGACUUAGAUUAUUUAUCAAUGUCUGAUGGGGAAUUAAACCCUUCGUUCAGAUCAGAUUUAACACAGUACACAGCAACAGUAGAAAGCAGAGUUAAAACUUCGACACUACAUCUACAAACCAGCGACGGAGGAGCGUCUUGUAAUAUCUUAUUUGGUGAUGGAUCAAGAACUGUUAAACUAGAAGAUGGUUUAAAUAAAGUAGAGAUUGAGGUUGUGUCUGAAGAUGGCUCAUCCAAGGUGUACAGCAUCGCGGUGAGCAAACUGUCCUCCAGAGCAGCACAGCUGAGUGAUCUGACCAUAGAGAGAGGACAUGACCUUCACCCUGGCUUCUCUCCAGCGACCUACGACUACACGUGCUCUGCACGUUUUGACUGCUGUGAGGUGAGAGUCCAUCCUCAGACCUUAGACAGGAGCAUGCAGACUGCUGUGAAUGACACUGCUUGCUCUGAACCCGUCAUGUUAAAUGCGGGAGAAACAGUCAUUAUUAUAAAGGUGACGUCGGCAGAUGGGGCCAACACUCAAGUUUACACUGUAAACGUUACUAGAGAGCCGGUUCCUCUAGCUGUGGCGUUCUGUGAUGUGAAAGACCAGAUGGAGUUCGAGUGUCCGGUGUCCCUAAGUGCCCUGUACAAACCCGUGUCAAUACAUCAGAGUGAACCAAAGACAGUAUUUUCAGCUCCAUACAUUGACAUGCUGACGCGGAGGUCAAAAGUCGAUCCGUUUACCGAGCGUCCCUUGAGAGAGGGCUGGAAAGUUCUGGAGUCAGAGCUCGACCAGAGAAUGUCUAACGCUCCUGUCAAAUGCUUCUUCUCAUAUCGUGGAUGCAGGAAGCAGAUGAGAUAUGCAGAGAUUGGAGCACAUGCAAAAGAGUGCCAUUACAAACCGUCAUCAGAUCUAGACUCUGUGGUCAGUCUGACAGGUUCACUGCGUCUGGAUUUCUCUUCAGAGAUGUUUGUUUCUGUCUGGUUUCACACACUGGCAGAUUGCUUAGUAAACAGUUCUACUCUUGGUCUGCUCUGCUCUUUGUUGUUUAAGAAAUCAUUUGUAUCACUGCAGGAAGUUACAGAAACAAACUGGUACAGAAAUUAUUUUGCAUCCUCAAGUAACACGGAAAUAAUGACUCAUCACACACUUGAGAUUCGAAACUGGGAGAAAAGACUGCAGACGGCACUUGGAGAACAUGAUGUAGAUAGUCUAAUAGCCCAUGCAGAGGAACACUUCAAACUCUACAAGAACAGACUUCCCAAUCCAGGUGAUGUUAUGCAGUAUGAUCCAGGACAGUCACCUCUGGAUCAUCUGGAGCAGGCUGCCGUCCACUACGCUUCUGCCAUUAAGGUUAAACCCCACAACGCUAAACUGCACUUUCUUCUUGGGCAGACACUAGAGGAGCACUACUACGCAACAGAGAUGUACGGCUUGAAAAAGGAGGCUCAGGAGGAUGACCAGGAUCUCGGCCAGGCCAAGUCUGCUGGGAGGCAGGAAGAGAUCUUGGCCAUCUGCAGGCUUCAUGGCUUUCCUGGAACACCGACAGCAGAGAACCAGCUCAAAGCACUCGACACGGAGCUACAAGAUCUCAGACAGCAGGGCCAGUCAGCGAAGGCUGAUUAUGUCCAGACACUGUUCCUCUGGCUGUCAAAAAAAGCUGGAAAGCAAGACGGCAGUAGUGUAGUGUCUGAUGAGAAGUGUUGGCUCCAUCGAGCCCUGCUGAAGUAUCUGGACGCCUGCUCACUGAAUGCAGACAGCUGGGAAUAUAACCUACACAUGGGCCGUUUGCUGCUGCUGCAGGGGAAGAGCAAUGAGGCGCUGCAGCACCUUCAGAGCGCGCUGGGCCUCCAGCCCCGCCAGCCAGCGAUCAGGUUUUAUACUGGCUUGGCCCUGCUGCAGAAGGAAGAGGCGGCCGCGGUCAGCAAGUGUGAGGUUGUGAUGCUCCUACAACAAGGCCUGGAAUAUGUCAUGGCUCAAUUCUUCAUCUCACAUGAUCACAACGAACAACAGCAGUGGGACGGUGGAUAUGAUCGGUCAGUCGUGAAUGCUCAGUUUCUACGUGGUUGUCUCAGUUUGGCAGCUUUGCUUUCCAAGAUCUCAUCCUCUGACCAGGCCAUGAGUCCAGAGCAAGUCUAUCACAUUUGGCGUGUGCGUCGGUCUCUCUGGUGUUCCCACAGCGUCUCUGGGCUUGCGGCGCAGGGCAUCAGCAGGUGUGUGAAUCAGGGCGAGGUGCUUCAGCAGCUGGACUCGGUGCUGCUGGAGGCUCAUUUUGCUCUCCUUCAAGGCCUCAUUCAGCAGCAAAGAGAUGGAAAACAGCCCUGGAUAGUGAAGAGAUGUCAGGCCCUCACAGCUUUGAUACGGCUCUCGUCUAUCGGCCCCUGUAGGGAGCUUCUGGACAUGCAGGAGAAGGUCUGUCAGAUGGGAGUGCUGGCUUUGCCCCGCUGCAGUCGUGCUCUGUGUCUGCUGGGAUUGGCACAGCUGGCUCAGAGCGACAGCCAUGCAGCAGAUGAACGAGCUCGGGCGGCGCUUACAGACGCCUGCCUCAGUUUCCAGGCCAGCAUUGAGUUAGAAGGCUCCCAUCAGACCGGAGAAGCACCCAAGCAGCUGACCAAGCAGACAUGGUGGAAGGAUCAUUUAGAUGCAGAAAAGGACAAAACGGUCAAGCAUGAAGCUCCGGAGCCCAAACCAGCGGUUAAGUCAUCCGAGGCUCCUGCAGACGGGAAGAAGCGGGCAAGAGGCAGAGGAGCUCCAGCCAGAGGUGUCCUUACAUCCACAGUGAAGACCUCUGCUCCUACACGAGUCAACAAGACAGCUACAGCAGCUGCUCGAGGGAGGACAGGAGUGCAUCUGGUCACCAAGAGUGAUGGAGCUGGAAAGACAGCAGGCAAAUCAAGCAUUAAAGCUCAAAUGUCUUCUUGUAAAAGCCUUCUUCAGGAGAAACCAACGACUUCAGCAGUGGAGGUUGGCAAGAAGUCCUUUGUGCCAAGGCUAGGCUUAGCCAGGGCUCUGGCGCGAACCGCCGACUCAAAGAAACAAGCCUGUCAUUUCUACCAGGAGGUCAUUGACAUGGCUCCGGAGGUGCACGAUGCAUACAUUGAGCUGGCCAAUCUGCUGCUGAAGGACGAUCCUCUGGCUGCUGUGGACGUUUACAGUAGAUUCCCGCUCAAGCCUUUCUGCGAACAAACCUUUGACGAUGCCUUCAUAACAGGAGAGAUCGUGCAUAUUCUGAUGAAACAUGAACUGUAUGAGCAUCCUCAGCUACUGCCCAACCUGAUAGCGCAUGGAAAAGUCAUGGGACUCGGAUGUCUUGACAAAUAUAUUGAAGCACUUGAAGGGAAGUUCAUGACCAGUCUUCUGAGGAGAGUUUACGCUGGAAUACAUGACAAAUCAGUGGAUGAUGAGGAGCUGCAAGACUUCUUCAGAUUCAAGUGUUGGAUAUGAAAUUCUUAGUUUG